CUGGCCACGCUUAUCUCAUGAAAUGACAAUGUGCAAGUAUAAUACAGGGCUGAUGGACCUGCCAUUCAUCUGGCCCAGUAUUUGCUGUCCCCACCUCUUUCCGUAUGACUUCCCGAAGGUCAGAAGAAUCUUUGGAGAGCGAUGAGGAAAAGGUCGAGGAGGCUAACGUAGUGAAUCUUCAACCCUUAAAUCACCUUCAGCUCGAUACUGGUAAUGAGUAUACCAACUUUCGUCAAAAAUGGUGGCAGUUUUGGUUACCUAAGGACCCACCACCUCCAGCUCCCCCGUCUCUGGAGGAUGCAGCUUUGAUACCUUGCGCCAAUGCUUCCAUUUUCUCUCGGCUCACAUAUACUUGGGCAACCGAUAUAAUGGUUCUCGGAUAUCAGCGAACAUUACAAGCGUCUGAUCUAUACAAAAUGGAAUCAUCUCAAGAGUCAGCCGUGCUUGCCGCUAAACUUGAAGCUGCAUGGCAACGGCGUGUUAGGGCAGCAGCCGACAGGAAUGCACGUCUUGAGAGUGGAGAACUCGAGCCAUCUCUCUUCAAGCGCACAAACUGGGCCUUACGUGCAAUUUACUGGAAAGGACAGACACCAGGCGCAACUUGGUCUGAACGACGUGCAGCGUUUCAGAAACAUUGGCGAGAAUCUGAAGGGCGCAAAGAGGCUAGCCUUGCUUGGGCUUUGAAUGAUGUCUUUCGUAAUAUGUUCUGGAUCGGAGGUGUAUUCAAGGUCUUUGGUGAUACGGCACAACUCAUGGGUCCCAUCGUCCUUCGGCAAAUCAUCGUCUUCGCGCAGGAACGUUCCGCUGCAAGGAAUGCUGGAGAACCUGUCCCCAAUGUCGGUCGUGGUAUCGCCAUGGCUUUUGGCCUCUUUGCGCUUACCGUGACAGCCAGCGUCUGCAGCCACCAGUUCUUUUGGCGUUCAAUGAUAACAGGCGUAUUGGCAAGAGCCGCACUGAUAACAUGCAUUUACGAGCGUGGAGUGAACCUCACAGGCAAAGCGCGUGUCAAACUCAGCAACGCCGCUCUUGUUAACCAUAUUUCUACGGACGUGACUAGGAUUGAUGUGUGCGCGCAGUGGUUUCAUGCAUCCUGGACUGCGUCUAUCCAGAUCACAGUUUGUUUAAUUAUUCUUUUAACAGAGCUCGGACCGUCUGCGCUCGCUGGUUUCUCGCUAUUCGCCCUCAUGAUCCCAAUUCAACAGCGGUUAAUGGCAGUGCAGCGACGUAUUCGCUUGGGGUCGAUGAAGUGGACUGAUCAACGAGCCAAAGCACUGCUAGAGGCACUCGGAGCCAUGCGAGCUGUCAAGUACUUCUCAUACGAGGUUCCGUACCUUCGAAAAAUCUUCGAGCUUCGAAAGAAGGAACUGCGUGGUACCCGGUGGAUCCUUAAUGCAAAUUCGGCGAACUUGGCGCUCGCCUCUUCACUCCCAGUACUCGCUGCUACACUAUCUUUCGUCAUGUACACCCUUACAGCGCACGAAUUCAACGUUGCCGUUAUAUUCAGUUCGCUCAGUUUGUUCCAGCUUCUCCGGCAACCAAUGCUGUUCAUGCCUCGCGCUCUAUCAGUUAUUCCUGAUGCAUCCAGCGCGAUCCAGCGGCUUAUGCCCAUUUUCCACGCAGAGCUUAUUUCUGGGGAUACACUCGUGAUCGACAAGGACCAAGAGUCCGCGCUUCUGGUGAAGGAUGCGACGUUUGAGUGGGAGUCGUUCGAGAAAGAUUCUGGUAAAGCUUCCGGCUCGAAGGACGCAGGCGGCGGUUCACCGAGGAGCAAGGACAGGAGCGUGAAGGAGGAAGACAUGGCGAAGCCCACUCCUGGAAAAGAUGUACCUCUCUUCAAGGUAAAGAAUGUGACUAUGACCAUUCCACGAGGUCAACUUGUUGCUGUAGUCGGGCCUGUCGGAAGUGGCAAGUCUAGUUUAUUGCAAGGACUGAUAGGGGAGAUGAGGAAGGUCUCCGGGGAUGUCUCGUUUGGCGGUCGCGUUGCUUAUUGUCCGCAGACCGCAUGGAUCCAAAAUGCUACGUUGCGUGAUAAUAUCACUUUUGGCCAACCGUUUGAAGCGGACAGAUAUUGGCGCCUGAUUGAGAUUGCUUGUCUACUUCCUGAUAUUCAACUGCUCCCAGAUGGGGAUUUGACUGAGAUCGGAGAAAAGGGGAUCAAUCUCAGCGGUGGCCAAAAACAGAGAGUCAAUAUUGCUCGUGCACUGUACUUCGACCCUGAAAUUGUCAUACUUGAUGACCCGCUCUCGGCAGUGGAUGCUCACGUCGGACAGUCCUUAUUCCGAGAUGUCAUUGUGGGUGCCCUGCGAAAUCGUGGCAUUACUGUCAUUCUGGUCACGCAUGCGGUCCACUUCCUCUCUCAAGUAGAUUACAUCUAUACAUUGAAUAACGGCGUCAUCACAGAGAGCGGGACCUACGAGGAACUGAUCUCCCGCGGUGGAGACUUUGCGCGUUUGGACCUGGAGUUCGGCGGUCAUGCGUCGGAGGAGAAAGACGAAGACCAGGCCAAGGAAGCCACUCCUCACAUAAGCGUUACCAUGGAGGAUGUGAGGUUGAAAUCAGAAAGAGCCAGAGAAAAGGCUACUGGCAGUGGCAAACUCGAAGGUCGCUUAAUCGUCAAAGAGAAGCGGUCAACAGGCUCUGUAUCCUUGGGAGUGUACUGGACCUACUUGGUUGCGGGACGCGGUUCAAUAACAGUGCCUGUGGUUAUUUUCUUCAUGCUUGUGAUGCAGGGAAGCCAGAUCAUGAAUUCGUACACGCUAGUUUGGUGGGAGACCAACGCAUUUGACCGACCAAACUCGUUCUAUCAGACGCUGUACGGCUGCCUAGGGGCUUGUCAAGCGAUCUUCACAUUCUUCCUUGGUAUUGGAAUGGACCUUAUUUCCUCUUACGUGUCUCAAAACCUACACCACAAGUCCUUGCAUACCGUCUUUCAUGCAUCGAUGUCUUUUUUUGACACUACACCUACGGGCCGAAUCCUGAGCAUUUUUGGCAAAGAUAUCGACAGUGUUGACAAUCAAUUACCGCAAUCAAUGAGGCUGCUUAUCUAUACGCUGGCCGGCGUUAUAGGCUCAAUCAUAAUCGUUUCUAUCCUUGAACCGUACUUUCUUAUUGGUGUGUUCUUCAUCGCUCUCGGUUAUGGAUACUUCGCUGUAUUCUAUCGAGCUGGUUCUCGUGAGGUCAAACGCCUGGACUCCAUGCUUCGCUCUCUUCUGUACGCCCACUUUUCGGAGACCUUGACAGGACUUCCUACCAUCCGAAGCUACGGAGAAAUGAAGCGGUUUAUUGCCGCCAAUAGAUACUACGUUGAUCUGGAGGAUAGAGCUCUAUACCUCGUUGUUACGAACCAGAGAUGGCUUGCAAUAAGGUUGGACUUCAUGGGAGGCAUAUUAGUCUUCCUUGUUGCUCUUCUCGCAGUGAUAAACGUCUCUGGGAUAAACGCCGCCCAGAUAGGGUUGGUGCUGACGUAUACCACCUUCUUGUCACAAGCGUGUAGCCAAUUGACUAGGCAAACAGCAGAGGUUGAAAACUACAUGAAUUCAGUGGAACGAUUGGUAGAAUACGUCAAAGGCGACACGAUACCUCAAGAGGCUCCGCAUGAGAUUGAAGAACGAAAGCCCCCGGCGCAAUGGCCUGUACAUGGCGCCGUCGAAUUUAACGACGUUAAAAUGGCAUAUAGGCCGGGCCUUCCCAAUGUAUUGAGGGGUAUCUCGGUCAAGGUUAAGGGAGGCGAAAAGAUAGGUAUUGUUGGAAGGACUGGUGCUGGUAAAUCUUCGCUGAUGAUCGCACUGUUUCGAAUUGUUGAGUUAUCUGGCGGUUCAAUCAAUAUCGAUGGUGUCGAUAUAUCUACAAUUGGUCUUAAAGAUCUCCGCUCCAAGAUUUCUAUUAUCCCACAAGACCCUCUUCUAUUUAGCGGGACCAUACGCUCCAACCUGGAUCCAUUCUCCCAACAUGGUGACGCAGAGCUAUGGGAUGCGCUGCAUCGCUCUUGUCUUCUUGAUUCUAGCAUCAUUUCGAAAGAGUCGUCUCCCAGUGAUGGCGCCAGAAGCGAGCAACCUUCCACCAGCCGCCACAACCUUGACAGCACCAUUGAGAGUGAGGGAGCGAACCUCAGUGUUGGGGAGAGAUCUCUGCUCAGUCUAGCUCGUGCGUUGGUGAAAGACUGCAAGGUCGUUGUGCUUGACGAGGCCACAGCCUCUGUCGACCUCGAUACUGAUAGCAAGAUCCAGCAUACUAUCCAGACAGAAUUCCAGGAUCGCACGCUACUUUGUAUUGCUCACCGACUUCGAACUAUCAUUUCAUACGACCGUAUUCUGGUCCUUGACGCUGGCCUUGUCGCCGAAUUUGACACUCCAUUCAAUCUUUUCAAUAUGGAGGGUGGAAUUUUCCGCGAAAUGUGUGAGAGAAGUAAUAUCUCAUUGAAAGAUAUAGAGACGAGCAAACAGGUUUAAAUGGCGGAGCCCCAGGUCGUUUUUUUUUCCAUGUUGGUCAGGCCCG